UCAGUACUUAUAUUUUUGUCGACCCAGCGAAUUAUUAUUGAACUUGUUUUUUAUUAGUUCAGUCGGCUUUUUCCUGUCUUAUUGUACAGAUUACUAAGAAAUAAUAAUUAUGCCAACGUUUUGCUAAUUUUUAUUUUUAUUAUUAUUAUAGUGCAGCGUUGUCCUUCCUCAUUUUUCAAAGUUAAAUCAGAGCUAAUGCUUUUAUAUUCAGUGCGUUCUCUACUAAUGGCAGGACGUUUCGUUCUGUUUUCAGCUGAAACGACGCCUCUUCGCGUGUUCAUUAGAUCCACCACAGUCAAUCUGGACUUGAAGAGAAGCGCAAGUGGAAAUGUUCAAGCUUCAAAAGCUUCAAGCAAUCCGAGGAGCAUCAAAACUGAGGCUGACCUCCCUGAGGUCACUCUUCCCACAACCCUAUACAGGUUGAUCUUUAAAGGGUACUACAAUCGCAUACAUGAGCUGCAGUUAUAUGAAAAGCAGCUUUAUGGUCCCAUGUACAAAGUAAGAGGUGGUGACAGCCAUACAAUUGUGCUGAAUACUGUGGAGCUGCUGGAGGAGCUGAUGAGGAAGGAUGAUAAAUUCCCUAGCAGAGGAGACAUGACUACCUGGACUGAAUACCGAGAUAUGAACGGUUUCGGUUACGGUCCUGUCACUGAAAAUGGAGAGAAAUGGUACAAACUCCGAUCUGUACUGAACAAGCGUAUGCUGCAUCCGAAGGAGUCUGUGCAGUAUGUAGACAUGGUUAAUGAGGUGGUUACAGAUUUUAUCAAACAUAUAUACCAUUUACGCAAGAUGAGCUCCACUGGAGACCUGGUACCCAACAUGUCCAAUGAGCUGUAUCGCUUCUCUCUAGAAGGAAUCUCCCGGAUACUCUUUGAGACUCGUAUUGGUUGCCUUGAGAAUGAGAUUCCAGCUGAGACUCAAAACUUCAUCGACUCCAUUGACCAGAUGUUAACUUAUAACACAACCCUGAAUCUGCUUCCCAAGUGGACCUGUAAUUUCUUGCCAUUCUGGCAACGUUUUGUAAGAGGUUGGGAUGGAAUCUUCAGAUUUGCCUGCAAGCUAAUUGACAGGAAGAUGGAGGACAUUCAGAAGCGCCUGGAUGCAGGUCAGGAAGUUAAAGGAGAGUAUCUCAGUUACUUGCUUUCCAACGCCAACAUGAGCAAAAAGGAUGUAUAUGGAAGCGUUGCUGAACUGCUCCUGGCAGGAGUGGACACGACAUCCAUUACCCUGAUGUGGGCAUUGUACCUGCUGUCACAAAAUCCAAAGACACAAGACACACUGUAUCAUGAGGUGAACAGCAUCCUAAUAGGGGACAGAAUUCCAACAGCUGAGGACAUAAACAGCAUGCCCUACCUCAAGGCUGUCAUAAAGGAAACUCUAAGAAUGUACCCAGUUGUUCUCAUUAACAUCCGGCUUCUAUCAGAAAAAGAUGUGAUCAUUGGAGGACACUUCUUUCCCAAGAAGACUGCAUUUACAAUCUACCCUUAUGCAAUCAGUCAAGAUAAGACCAUAUUCCCAGAACCAAGGUUGUUCAAGCCUGAACGCUGGUUACGGGAUGGGAGAGAGCGACCUAGUUCAUUUGGAUCCAUUCCAUUUGGGUUUGGAGUGAGAGGAUGUGUUGGUAAACGUAUUGCUGAACUGGAGAUGCACUUGGCCCUGGCAAGGAUAAUGAAGCUGUUUGAAGUCAAACUGGAUCCCAGUGUGGGCGAAGUCAAACCUCUCAGCCGUUCAGGGCUUGUGGCAGACAGAAAAGUUCAUUUUAAAUUCUUGGACAGAAAACAUGUAACCAAUUAAUGAUAUUUUAAGCUUUAACAUCCACCAAAGUACGCCCCCCGACACACACUUUGUACAAAAUGCUGCAUUUGCAAUGUAGUACUAUAAUCCU